UCAUUCGGAUUGAGGGGUUAUUUUGGGUACACUACACAAACGACGUCGGAAUCCAAAACCAGUUGAAUCGGAAGGUCCGGUCCGGGAUAUAAAGCCUUAAAUUAUAUAUUCGGAGUAGGAAAAUCCCACACGCCGAGACGCUGUUGCCUGGAAGAGGGGAGAGAGAGAAGUACAAGCAAACCCUAACGUCUCAAUCGAGCUCGCACGAGAGAGAGAGAGAGAGAGAGAAGUAAAGCAGCAAACCCUAGAUUGAUAUCGGUGAGUGAUUCGGCAGAGGAAGAAGAGCGGAGACUGAGAAUUGAAAGAUGGGGAAGAAGAAGAAGAGAGCGGUAUCGAAGGUAUGGUGCUAUUACUGCGACAGAGAGUUCGAUGAUGAGAAGAUAUUGGUUCAGCACCAGAAAGCCAAGCACUUCAAGUGCCAUGCCUGCCACAAAAAGCUCUCCACCGCUGGUGGCAUGGUCAUUCAUGUCCUCCAGGUUCACAAGGAGUCCAUCACCAAGGUGCCAAAUGCAAAACCUGGUAGAGAAUCUACUGACAUUGAAAUAUAUGGAAUGCAAGGAAUCCCACCUGAUGUCUUGGCAGCACAUUAUGGGGAGGAAGAAGAUGAUGUCCCAUCAAAAUUGGCCAAAGUUGAGAUUCCUUCAUCUGUUCCACCAGGAUCAUUAGGCGCUGGGUUUCCUCCUCCGUCAACUUUAGGCACAAUGCAGCCAAUUUACAAUCCUGCUUUAAUGGUGCGUCCUCCUGGUUGGCCGGUUCCACCUCGUCCCCAACCUUGGUUCCCACCAUUGGGAUCAAUUCAACCACCUCUAUUUCCUGUGCAGAAUAUGAGGCCUUCCGUGCCACCUGCUACAUCGCCUGCAUUUCAAAUGUCUUUGCCGAUCGCUCCGCCAGGACUGCCUCCGGCCCCCCCUAUUCCUGUAUCUCAACCAUUGUUUCCUGUUGUUGCCAAUAACAAUAUACCUACUUCAAGUUCACCAUUUUCUCCACCUAUGCUUUCAGCAAGUAUUCCAUUAAGCUCUCCUGUAGAACUCAAAAGCUCAAUUGACACAAACAACAAUUCGUUUGUGGCAAGUAAUUACCACACACCUGGGAUAUCAGUCAAUUCACAUUCUUACGCUUCUGGUCCAAAUACUGGUGGCCCAUCAAUUGGACCACCUCCUGUAAUUGCAAACAAAAUUCCUGCUACCCAGCCAGCCACAAAUGAGGUCUAUUUAGUUUGGGAUGAUGAGGCAAUGUCGAUGGAGGAAAGAAGAAUGUCUCUGCUAAAGUAUCAGGUGCAUGAUGAAACUAGCCAGGUAAGUCAUAAGUACCUCUUAUUUUUCUUUCAAAUGGGAAUGGAGUUGCUUUGCGCAUCUGAUAGCCAUAUGGGUAGGUGUUACCUUCCACGUUUUCAGAUUUCGUUAUUUACGCAUUUUCCAUGAUUUUAAAGGUACUACAUCUUCUAUUCACUUUAAAAACAAUUUUAAUAAUACACUGCGCUAAGAAUAUAUGUGCCUUCCAGUCAAAUUUGUUUUUGACUUUCGACUCCAAUGUUUGACGGGUCUUUCUUUAUCUUUUCCUACCCGGUAAGCAAUCGUACCAAUUUUGUGGCCAUCAAAGAUGCAACUAGGUAUUUACGUUAUCUUUGCUUUUAGUUAGUAAUUAUAUUUCUGACAAGCUUGCUGCGAUCAACUCGAGGAUGCUCUGAUCUAGCAUUGUACUCCGUUAAGAACAGUGUAUGUAUUUGCUCUUUAGAAUUUUUCUUCAUUCAUUGUUGUAUAUUCUCGCUAUGCUUGAUUUUGAAGUGUGAGGGUUAUCUUCAUUCCAAUUCCAGUAUUAUUAUAAUGAUCGAACAGUGAAUUCAAAGUUGGCCCAG